AUGGAGCAUUCAACAGAAUUGCCAGUGCGCAUGGCACCUUUGAAAGUGCCGUUGAGACGGCGAUUGCAAACGGCGGCCGUUCUCUUCUGGGGUAUUGAGCCAUCGAUUGUCUUGUGUUUUUUCAUGUUCCUCGCUGCGAUACCAUUGUUCUGGCCGUUGCUGAUACCGUAUUUGAUAUGGAUGUGGAUGGAUAAGGCGCCAUGUCGUGGAGGUCGUCGUGUUGAAUGGGUACGGAAUUGGCAACUAUGGAAGUUGUUUGCCGAGUAUUUCCCCGCAACGAUCGUCAAGGAAGCGGAUUUGGAUCCCACAAAGAAUUACGUGUUUGGUUAUCAUCCCCAUGGCAUCAUUUCAGUGGGCGCCAUCACCACGUUUGCAACCGAAGGAAAUGGAUUCUCUCAACAUUUUCCUGGUAUCAUCCCAUCCCUUUUGACGUUGGCUGGCAACUUUAAACUUCCCCUGCAUCGCGACUACAUCCUUGCCUUGGGUAUGUGUGACGUUUCCAAACAAUCAUGCAAGGCCGUUUUGAAGUCUGGUCCUGGAAGAUCCAUUGCGAUUGUUAUUGGCGGUGCUUCCGAAUCGCUUAAUGCUAGACCAGGUGUCAUGGAUUUGACUCUCAAGAAGCGCCUUGGCUUUUGCAAGAUUGCCCUUCAAACAGGUGCCAGCCUUGUUCCUGUUAUCAACUUUGGCGAGAACGAGCUGUACGAGCAAGUCAAGAAUGAUGAUGGAUCAUGGUUGCGUAAAUUCCAGAGACAAACACAACGCUUGGCUGGUUUCACCGUACCUCUUUUCCAUGGUCGUGGUAUCUUUAAUUAUGAUAUUGGCCUGAUGCCUCAUCGCCGCCCCAUGCAUGUCGUCUUUGGUGAACCCAUUGAUCCUCCCAAGGGCGAUGUGGAGAAUGUGGAUAAAGCUGUGCAGGAAUUACAUCACCAAUACAUGGAAAGCGUCAAGGCAUUGUACGGCAAAUACAAGGAUGUUUAUGCAAAAGAUAGAGUAAAAGAUCUAGAAUUUGUCGAGUAA